AGAGCUCCAGCGUACAGGAAUCCGCAUAUAUUCAAGUCACUCUCCAAAAUAUGGAUAGCUUUUGCAUACCGUGGCAAUCAAAUCACCUACGCACGCAAGAUACUAAACAUUGCUAUCCAGACUCCAGAGCUCCCACAAGUUAUAUAGGUGCAUUGCGAAGCUUGCUCUAAUCUGUACCAACUUCACUUAGCCACUUAUUCAUCCGUCCAUCCAUAUAAAUGGAUUAUUCUAAUUUGCGACGACAAGCUGCAUCUAUGAAAAAGGGCCUCUUUGAUCAGGGUCACCUUGAUGAGCAAUUUCGUCAGGUGGAGGACUUGCAGGAUGAAGCUAGUCCUAAUUUUGUGGAAGAAGUUGCUGUGUUGUUUUUCAAAGAUUCAGGCAGGCUAAUAUCAAACCUUGAGCAAGCUUUGGAGAAGUACCCCAGAGAUUUCAAUAGGUGGGAUGCAUACAUGCAGCAACUGAAAGGCAGCUGUUCCAGCAUUGGUGCUUCUAGGAUGAAGAGUGAAUGCAUGUCAUUCAAAGAUAACUGUGGGAAAGGAAAUGUUGAAGGUUGCAUGGGGUGUCUCCAGAAAUUGAAGAGGGAGCAUGCGAUCCUGAGGCAGAAACUAGAAUCCUAUUUCCAGCUGCUGCGGCAAGCUGGUCCUACUGGAGCGGCCACCCACUAGACCUGUCAUGUAAGUACUGGAGGUGCACUAAUUAUGGAGAAAGUACUACGGAAAUAGGACCCCAGACCCUAUAAAAUGCUGGUAUCCUGCUGGGAGCGUAACUUGGCCAGCAUACAACAGUUGCAGUCUGACGGUACACACUGCGCUUCGACAACAAAUCAACAAUACAUAUGAUGUUCCGCCCUCUGAUAUUCUACUCAUUUAUAAGUAUAUAUAUAGUAAACAAAAAAUAAGAAGAGAGGCCUGUUGUGCUGUGGUAAGUACAUGCUUGCAUGAAACUUGGAAUCCAUUUUUCUUGUUUUUCUAAUAAAGGCACAGUUUAUCGAGCA